UAAGUGAGGAAACUGUGGGUUGAUGGAAAUGUAGUGAGCAGAUUGAGACAGACAGUGAAUCAUUAGCAAACUGCAACGCCAGGAUGAACUUGCCUGGAACCUAAAAGGAGAAAACAAGCUUAGUGUUUUGCUUUGCGUGGUUUCGUUAAAUACAGCCAAAGUGGAUCUAAAAGCUGGUUGAUCACCAGUCCAAGAUGCUUCUGGUUUCCCAGCGGGUCAUGGAGCCACAUAUACCAGGGCAUCAGGGGAAGAGGCGAAUACCAAUGUGGAAGUUGGAUAAGGCCCCACUGGAGCCAAGGAUCAGGGAUCCGCAAUCCAUGUCCUGUGGUUGCCAUAAAUCAGGGCCUGAAUCUGCAAUGUGCUGUAAAAGCCAGUCAGAACUGUCUUACUCAACAUUACAGGGAUCCAUUAAGAGAAAACUGGAAGAUGACAGCUCCCCUGCUUCCAGUGGCAUGCCGGAUGUCAUUUUCCCAAGCGACAAUAAGAGACUCUGUCUUGAUGAUGUAACUCUAUCUAUGGGCCAAGAGACCAAUCCCAAUGUGUCAUGUCCAGAUAUGCAGAACUCUCCAUUCUCUACCAAUCACAGCACUUCUUCCAUGGGAGUAGCUGGUCAUUCAGUGCUACUUGAAAACAAUCACAUGAAUGGCAGUGGCAUUGGUUCUCCAUUUUCGGUACCACCCAACACAGAAAUAGGACAGAAGGGGACAAUAGGUGGACAGAAUAAUGUUGCUCACUAUGAUGAGAAAGGAAACAAUAUGCAGUCUGUGGACCAGGAACUGCAAGAUCUGUUAGAAGAGCUGACAAAAAUGCCUGAUCCUUCUCCUAAUGAGCUGGACCUUGAGAAGAUCUUGGGAAGCAAGACUGAAGAGCCGCUUGGUCUGAGCCACCCACAGUCGAGCAUAAGCACCACACCAAAGUCCUCUCCGCAGACAUCUCACUUGGAGAACCACAUUGCGAAUAAAGAUUUUUCUCCAGGUUGCAAUCCAACAAGUGGAGGAUCACCCCAAAUGAGGCCUUCAUCCGCUGGGGCUAAUUAUCCGGUUCCUCCCCCAAACAAAGCUGUCGCAUCACCCAUCUCUUCGGCAGCACAGAAUAAGAACCAGGCACAGUCUAUUCUGCCAGUACCCUUGCCCAACAUGCCUACAUCUAACUGGCAUGCACAGCAACUAAAGCAGCUGGCAGCAAGCAAACAAGUGUCUACUACUAAACAGCAAGUACAGGCUCCCAACUGGCCAACCAUGUCCACUCCAGGUCUUUCUCCGCCUUACAGGCCGGGAUCAUCCCCCCUCCAUCAACCUUUCAGCCCUCAAAAUGUCAUGGUGUCUGGCAUGGCUUCUAAUAGCUUACCAGGAAACAAUAUUCAAAGUCCUCAAAACACUCUGCUUUCAAGCAUGGCUUCCAGUAAUAACCCAUCCAGCGGGCCCUCCCCACCAUAUGGGUCGGAGAAGCUUUCCAGUCCAGCGCUUAACCAGCAGCCUUUCAGCCCCCAGAAUUCCAUACUAUCCAAUAUGACUUCAACCAGUCUCCCAACCAACAAUAUUAAAAGUCCACAGAAUAAUUUGGUUUCCAGCAUGGGCUCCACGAAUACUGGACCCUCCCCACCUUACAGGCCAGAAAAACUGUCAAGCCCAGCUCUGCACCAGCAGCCAUUUAGUCCUCAAAAUACAUUAAUUCCUAACAUCACUCCCACCAGCAAUCCCACCGGUAUGCAAAGCUCUCUUUUUAAAUUGAUGACUACAAACCAGUCCAAAAACAUGAACAUAAUUAUGCAACAGCCAUCUAAUGGCUUGCAGAAUGAGAGUCCUGUUCCCCAAGACCAGUUUUCUUUCAAUAACACCAAACCACUGUCUCAUUUUGCAUCGGAGUCAACUACUCCAAAGAUGUCACCCAUGACUGCCAAUCCAGGGCAGCAAUCCCUUAUUCACUAUCUCCAGCAACAGCAGCAAGCUCCAGCCACACAACAGUCUCCACAGGCUAAUAAUACCCCGUUUAUCGAGCAACAUCUUCGACAACUGAUGCAACCACCUCGGAUGCAGAGACAUAUGCAGCCUGCUGCUUUGCCAUCUCAACCCAGACAGGAUCAAAAUCCUGGAAUUGUUACCAGACUUCAGGAGCCAGGCACCAUACCAAGCGGAGGCUCGGUGCCUGCGCCAACUACGGUGAACGGAUAUACAAUGAGGAACCAUUUGCUGAAGCAGCAAAUCAUGAGACGGCAGCUAAUACAGGAGAAGCAGAAACAAACCAUGCUGGGAGCAGCGUCUGAGCAGAGGAGUUCAUUUGCGCCCCAACAGAUGAAUCAAUUUCAGGCAGUACCACAACCUAUUCCUACUGACUGCGGUCAGUCCAUGCCAGCUCCUCCACUGAAUCACCGCAUGAUGCCAUCCAACCCGGGAAUACUUCAGAACACCUUGGGCUCUGGACUGACUCCAACCUCUGUUACCCAGAACAGUGGGACAAUGGUAAUGAUUCCGCAUAAUCCUGGAAAACAGCAAGGGAUUUUCCCACCUAAUUCCGAUUUUAACAUCCCUCUGCGACCAAACCAAACCUCUCUGGGCAUGCACUCAGGAUGCCAAACGGUUCACAGCCAUCCUACUGUCCGGCCAGGAAUGACAUUGUCUAGCUUUAGUUCCAGUUCCUUAACAAAUCACUCAGCCACUCAGCAACACUUAAGACAGCCUAAUAUGCCAAGAAUUUCUACUGUCUACCCCAAUGCAUCUGCUCAGAUGUGGACACCGACUGGGGUUUCAAGAAUGCCAAAUCAAAGCCAAAUGGAUACCAGCAUGCAGCAAUUCUCCAGUAACCCUCUCGUCUCCAAACAGAACGUGAGACCAAAUAUUCCAGGUCAGCAGUUUUCCCACCAGGCUGUAGCGCCGCCUAAUCAGAUUGCGCCUGGAGUCCAGGUCAGACAGAUACAAAAACUAAACCUGGGACAGUCCGGCCAGAGCCUGAGCACGCUGAAUAAUCAGAACUUGAGACACAAUUUAACCAGAGGACCAUUGCCAGCUAUGAAUGUUAUGAAAUCCAUGCCACAAGGCAUGUCCAGUUUUAACCAGCUCAAUCCUGCUCAAGGACUCUGCCCGCCAAGUUACCCCUCCGCAGGCCAGCUGUCAGGAACAUUCAACAGAAUGAAUACUGCUUCCGAGCUGCCGCAGUAUGACUUUGUGCCACAACAGAGCAAUUCGAUCUUGCCUGGAAACUGCAGCGAGACUGACUUCAUAGACUCCCUUAUGAAGAACAGUAGCAACAAUGAUGAAGACUGGUUGAACAAUCUGACAAUGAUAGACGACAUUUUGGGACAGCACGCUCAAAGCUCUGGACAUGUUUAGCUCGUAGGAAGCAGACUGACUUGUAAAUAACUUAAGUAUGACUUUUCAAAGUAAAAACAAACCGACAAAAAUUGCCUCCUCUUUCAAUACCGAAUGAACGGACACGGCCAAUUCUUUGCCUGCAUCAAAGUUUAAUAUUGGCAGUUUUUCAGAUGACUGUAUAUAUUUGAAUAUUUUAUAAAUUAUGUUUUCCUAAACAUUAAAUAUAGAAGUAUUUAUACUUCUUUUCUGGACUGUUUGUAAAUAGAUCUAUAGCAUACAUUUUUGUUUUAUUAUAGGAAAUUCAUUAUACCUUGUUAUAAAUAUGCAAAUAAUAUUGUUAGUUUCAGUAAUACUGUGUAUUACAGCAUAAAAUACUUAUGUUUUUGACAUAACUUAACACAUGAUCUAGGGGUAUCCGUGCAAACUGGCUAAACAGGAAGCAAAUGUGUCAAGAAAGAAGAUUGAGGAGUUGCAUUUUUUUUUUAAACUGUCAACCUAUUCAGAGCACCCAUCCUGCAAACUGAUCCUCGUGAGUGGAUCCCAUCAGGGCUUCAUGCAGGUGGAGGGAUCCACCCACAGAUACCCGAUUGCAGCAAAGUUUUCAGUCAGGAUACACUUCCUCCAUAUGUUGAUGAGAGCGUUAAAUGCAUUAACUGUCUAGUACUGAGUAUAUACUCAUAAUAGAACAACUGUUAACACAGACUAUGUGACUACAGAUUGCAACCAAUUGAAGAAUUAUGGUGUGAAAUGAGUGACACCUGAAGAGCAAACAUUGUAAAGCCUCUGUAUGGAGGUAUUAUCCAAUGACACAAUAGUUCUGGUAUGCACACCUCUGCCAUGUAUAUUUGUAGUGUACAGGUGAUUUGUUCCUGGUUUCAAGGCUUUUCAUAAUUUUCUGUUUUUAACGUGAGACUUGUUUUUUUUCCACAGGGGAAAAGUCUAUCAACAUUAAUAGUUAAUUUUUGAUGUUUUUGUCAGCUACUAUUGUCAUAUGUAUAUUUAAGUCUGUUUAUAAAAGAUCCACUGUACUGUAAACUUCUUAAAACGUUCAUACUUUGUGUAAUCAUAUUUUAAUAGUCACAUCAUACUUUGCAAUACAUUUGUAAUAUAACGUCAGCUUCAAGCGCAGAAUGUUUUUUCUUCAUACCAUAAUAAACUGCCAGGGGAAAAUUG